AUGACGUUCAUUAAUACCACUGCUGCCGUCAUUCUUGGGCUAGCUGCCGUCACUAACUGUCAUAUGGAGAUGAAGAGUCCUCCUCCUUUCCGCUCAAAGUUUAAUCCCUAUGCUGGAUCUGACAUUGAUUUUUCUAUGACCUCCCCGCUCUCAGUAUUUGGUUCAGACUACCCAUGUAAAGGCUACCAGAACCUUCUCGGUGGUCCCGAGGGAAAAGCUGUUGUCACUUGGGCUUCCGGGAGCUCUUACAACUUCACUAUCACUAGUUCUACUGCUAAUCAUGGAGGGGGAAGCUGCCAGGCGUCACUUUCAUACGAUAAUGGUCAUUCCUGGAAGGUUAUCCAUUCGUAUAUAGGAGGAUGCCCUCCUCCGUAUGACUCCAGCUGGAGCUUUACGGUACCUAAAAAUGCACCCGCUGGCGACGCCAUGUUUGCCUGGACAUGGUUUAAUAACAUUGGUAACCGUGAAAUGUACAUGAACUGUGCUGCUGUCACUAUCGUAAAUGGCAAGAAACGUUCGUCUUUUGCAUCGUUCACCACUCUUCCAGACGCUUUUGUUGCUAACAUUGGCAACGAUAUCUGUACCUACCCGGGCAAAGAUGUCGAAUUCCCCCACCCCGGCAUGGAGGUUGAGCGUAACAGUCAGGGUACUUCGCCUCCUGGACAAGGCGAUUGCUCCGGAUCACAUCCUGCUCCGCCUCCAGUAGUUGACCCAGCCGGCUCGCAAACUCCCACUUCACAAGUCGUGACUCCCCAGCUUUCGGCUACGCCUAGUAGGGGCGAUAAUUCUAUCACAAGCAUCGGUCAGCCCUCCGCCGUUCCUACAUCCCAGCAACAGCAACAGAAGCCGUCUGCGCCUGUGCUUCCCUAUUCAUCAUCUUCAACUGCUCCACAGCCUCUAGUUAGUAACUGCAGUAGUGGGUCUUGCCCAUCUAAAGAUUCUACCACCAGUUUGAAGGCUGUGGGAUCAACUUGUGUGGAUGAGGGGCAGUGGAACUGCGCACCUGGUGGCGAGUAUGUCCAGAGGUGCGCUUCUGGAAUGUGGUCUGCUUUAAUACCUAUGGCGGCCGGAACUUCAUGCCAGCUGGGAUCAAGUAACUCUUUCACCAUAAUCAACCAAUUGAAGGAGAAUAGGCAAAAUUAA